AUGCCUAUCCUCAAGCAGUCCAGCUCUCACUCAAAGAAGCGAACACGCAUAGAUCGAGAGAUGAUCAGUGCCCCUUUAGGGGAUUUUCGACACACUAUGCAUGUUGGUAGAGGUGGGGAUGUGUUUGGAGAUACAUCUUUCCUCAGUAACCAUGGCCCUGCCUCUGCUCCACCAGUGGAAGUACCAGCCGCUAAGAAAAGUCACUCAGAUCAAGUAGAUUGGCUUCCACUGGAUUGUGGGCUAAAACAUGCCGAAUCUAUGUUGUCCUUCCAUCUUGAUCUUGGCCCAUCCAUUUUGGAUGAUGUUUUGGGCGUUAUGGACAGAGAUGCUCACACCGCUGACUGGAACAGUCCUGAUGACCAAUGUGAUUACAAAUUUUCUGCAGACAGCAGUAAGCUUGCACAGCUGUCUUCCAUCACAGAAUCCCCAGGAAGCCAUUACAGUCUCUCUACCACACUCCCUAUUACAAACCCUAGCUUGGAUUAUAAUGCAAGUGACAUCUCUGAAAACCUGGAAGGAAACCGAUCGGCCUAUGAAGGGGAUAGUGAAGAAGAAAAACGUUCUAUAUAUGAAGGGGUUGCUGACAGUCCAGCACAAAAUAACAGUUUUCACACUAGUCACUGUGAAGUGCUUGAUGAUGAUGAUGAGAGGAGGAGGAGGAGGAGGAAGUUGGCCAAGGAUAUACAUUUGAAGAUGAUCUGGAUGAUGAGAUUGGCGUAUAGGAGUAUAAACUAUAAUACAUAA